AUGAUGGCCUCAUCCAUCUUAGCAGCUACUUCUUCUAGUGCGAUCCUCGCACUUGCAGGACUCAGCGGCUUGACCACACAUGUUCUUUUCUAUCGCCAUGGAGAAUGGGAUCUCAAGGCCCCUCGCCUUGUGAUCACAUACAUAUUGCUGUUCCUAGGUGCCACAUUCCUGGAACGGUAUAAGAAAGAUGUUCUCGUACUCGCACCAAGCCAUUUAGCUGCCAAACUUGUAGGGUGCCACAUCUUGGGUAUCUACACGAGUAUGCUCUUCUACCGAGCCUUCUUGCAUCGUCUGUCACGGUUCCCUGGGCCAUUCCUUGCGAGAUUAUCAAAUUUCUAUGUGACGGCGCUGUCUACCCGCAAGCUUCACCUUUAUGAGGAGACUGAGAAGCUCCACGAGCUUUAUGGAGACUACGUGCGUUUAGGGCCCACCGAGUUGUCUAUUGCGGAUCCACGCGCAGUCCAGGCAAUCUACAGUUCUACGGCAAAGGUCUCCAAAGGUCCGUGGUAUACGAUUUUGGAGCCGCGUGCAUCCUUACAGACGGUGAGAGAUAAGCAGGAGCACGCGCAGCGAAGGAAGGUCUGGGACCAAGGCUUUAGCACACGAGCACUGCGUGAUUACGAGCCUCGCGUUUUCCGUUACACCGAACAACUCGUUCAAGUCCUUGAACGGGAGGUGGGAAAUCAAAUCAACAUCGCCCAGUGGUUCAAUUACUACAGCUUUGAUGUUAUGGGUGACUUGGCGUUUGGAAAGUCCUUCAACAUGUUAAUUGAUGGCAAAGACGCUUACAUCGUGAAACAAUUGCAUGCUGAUAUGAAAAUGAUUGGGAUUUUCGGCCAUAUUACCUGGUUAUUCCCGUUUUUCAAGAGAAUUCCUCUGAUUAAUGCGGACUAUCUUAAGUUUUGGAAAUGGGUGGAUGAGCGUGUACAUGAGAGAAUUCAGAGUAAUCCAGAUCGCCCAGAUGUGUUCUCAUGGCUCCUCGACGCAUAUGAGCAGGGUCCAAAGACAAAGCAGAAUACUCUUGACCUGAGUGGUGAUGCAUACCUAAUUAUUGUAGCUGGAAGUGAUACUACAGCUGCAGCCCUCACCAGCCUCUUCUUCCAUCUUGUGUCGGACCGCACCCUAUACAAAGCACUUCAAACAGAGUUGGACGCUCUACCUAGCCUGUCCUACGACAAUCUGAGAAGCGUAAAACUACUCGACGGAGUAAUCAAUGAAACACUCCGGCUUCACCCUCCUGUUCCUUCAGGAACGCAACGUUCGACUCCACCCGAGGGCAUCACUAUCGGCAACACGUACAUUCCCGGAGACGUGAGGGUCUGCAUUCCCCAGCACACGUUAUUCAGAGAUGAGCGUGUUUUUGCCCGUCCACAGGAGUUCUUGCCUGAAAGAUGGGAUUCACAGCCAGAACUUGUCAAAGAUCCUGCUGCAUUCAUUCCAUUCAAUGCUGGCCCGUACGCGUGUGUUGGGAAACAGUUAGGCCUGAUGGAGCUCCGCUCUGUGACUGCUGAGAUACUUACCCGAUUUGAUGUCUCGUUCGCUCCAGGCCAAACGGCAUCUGCUUUUCUUGAUGGAAAGCAGGACACAUUCACCUUAGCCACGGGCCCAUUGAGGAUGGUGUUCCAGAAUAGGGAAAACAAGGGAAAUUGA